GCCCUAACUCUAACUAGUCAUAAAUCAAUUAUCAUUUUUUCUGUGAUGGGCAUCGCAGUGGUGACGAAGUUAUUAAAGCCACUGCUUACAGCUUCAGCCUUUCCUCAUUAUUCACACUCCAAUCAUAAAAAAUCACCAUUCACAAUCUCUGCUGCUAAAAUGAGCUCCAGUGAAUCCCAGACUAAAGCUUUUUCAAGCAUCAAAACCAUCGAUUCACAUCUACACGUAUGGGCUUCACCUGAAGAGGCUGCAGAUAAAUACCCUUACUUUCCUGGCCAAGAACCCACUUUGCCUGGAAAUGUUGAUUUUUUGCUCCAGAACAUGGCAGAAGCGAGUGUGGAUGGGGCACUCAUUGUGCAGCCCAUUAAUCAUAAGUUUGAUCAUUCUUUGGUGACAAGUGUCCUGAAGAAGUACCCAACCAAAUUUGUUGGUUGUUGCCUAGCAAAUCCUGCAGAAGAUGGCAGUGGGAUUAAGCAGCUUGAACAGCUUGUGAAGGAUGGUUUCCGUGCUGUUCGUUUUAAUCCAUAUCUAUGGCCAUCUGGCCAACAGAUGACCAACGAAGUUGGCAAGGCAAUGUUUUCUCGGGCAGGAGAACUUGGAGUGCCGGUGGGUUUCAUGUGUAUGAAGCAAUUUAUGCAAUUAAAAUUACAUUGA